AUGGCCGGAGGAGGCUUCCUGUCUUCCAUCAUCACCAUGGUGAUAGACAAGCUGCAUAGCUUGGCUUCAUCGUCAACGUCAUCUUCUUCUUCGUCACCCCGCAACAAUAUUGAACAAGAGAUGAGUAAGCUGACAGAGACAAUGAGGAGGAUUCAAGCCAAACUUGAUGACACAGAGGAGGAGAAUCGUGCAAAAAGUCACUCUGAGAAGCUUUGGCUUAGCGAGCUUAAAGAUGUUGCCUAUGAUGCGGAAGACGUAGUAGCAAAAUACGAGUACGAGGUGCUGCGUUCCAAACAACUGCAUGAGAACAGCAGUGGGACACAAGAGGUACCUGAUUCUUCCGUGAUUCGUACUGCUGUGAAUACCGCAAUUACUUUUAUGAUUUUGUUGCUGUUUUCGGAUGAACUAGCAAAUAAAGCUGCGGAAAUAAGGAAAAGGUUUGACGAGAUCACCAAAGAGUGGAAACUCCUAAAGUUGCCUCAGAACGUUGGAAAGAGAAAGAGAAGCUCCUGGCCCCUAGUUGGGAACCGAGAAACAGGCUCUUUCGUAGUUGAAUCAGAGGUUCUUGGAAGAGAAAAGGAAAAGGAUAUGCUCGUUGAAUGGCUGCUGUCAGAGGAUGAUAUAAUAUGGAAUGAAGUUUCUGUAAUUGUUGUAAUUGGGAUGGGAGGACUGGGUAAAACAACACUAGCUCAGCUUGUAUAUAAUGAUCCAAGAGUGAAAAGCUAUUUCGAUUUAACAGGAUGGGUCUGUGUAUCUGAAAAUUUUCAUGUUGUUAGUUUGACAGAGAAGAUCCUGCAAUCAUUUGCCAAAGUGAAAGUUCAUGAAGAACUAGAUGAGCUCCAACAUGCACUACGAGAAAAACUGCAAGGGAAAAAGUUUUUACUAACAUUAGAUGAUGUUUGGAAUGAAGAAUUCACUCUCUGGGAUGAAUUAAGAAAGCCCUUACUAUCAGCUCAUGUGGGUAAAGUUAUAGUGACCACUAGGAAUCAAUCAGUUGCUAGAAUUAUGGGGACGAGAAGUCCUCUCAACUUGAAUUGCUUACCAUUUGAUGUAUGCUGGCAAUUGUUCAAGAGAGUCACUUUGGGAGGAGCAGAUAAGAGCCUACAACCACAUCUUGAAGACCUUGGUAGGAAGAUAGUAGACAAGUGCAAAGGCUUACCUUUGGCUGUGAAGGUGCUUGGAGGCGCUCUGAGAAACAAAGAAGAUAUAGAUUCAUGGGAGGACAUACUAGAGAAUGAGAUGUGGGAAUCAGAAGAAACAAAUAAAGGAGUUUUACCAGCACUUAAAAUAUCAUAUGAUUGCAUGCCGAUCCAACUUAAAAGAUGUUUCCAAUACCUGUCCUUAUUUCCCAAAGACACAAGUUUAGAUUCAGAAGAAAUAGUCCGAUUAUGGAUGUCACAAGGUCUUCUUCCUCUUGAUGGAGAUAAGAGAGCAGAGGACAUAGGCAGAAAUUACAUAAAAAGAUUGGCUGAGAGGUCACUAAUACAUCUGAAAAGGGCCGACACUUUAUUUAUGAGAGAGCAAUCGAGAAAGCAAUCUUUUUCGUUGCAUGAUCUUGUUCACGAUCUUGCCCAAUAUAUAGCGCAGGAUGAAUGUCUUUGUGUGAUAGAUGACAAAUUCGACAUAGAGAAAUUGCAAAAGAUUCGACACUUGUCGCUUGGCAGAUCGCUGGUCAGAGAAGAUCCUCAUAUACUAAAACAUCUGGAGACAAUAAAAGAUCAUCAACAACUGAAACUCAUGCGGACACUUUUUAUUAAAGUACGAGGACUGUUUGGGCUAACUUCUAUUAGAAGACAAGACAAAAUUUUUGGACCCCUUGAUGAUUUUUUCCAAAAAUUUGAAAACCUACGAGCACUCCAUUUAAGCAACAUCAUUGGCUUCAUAGGGCUACUGGAUUCGUUGGGCAAACUCAGACUACUUAAAUAUCUUUCUAUAAUAGAUUUCGAUGUAGUGGGUAUUCCAGAAUCCAUAUGCAGCCUUUACAACUUACAAACUCUGGAUCUGACAGGUACAAGUAUUUAUCAACUCCCAAGGCAAAUAGCAAAUUUGAUAAACUUACGUCAUCUUUUGCUUCCUCAUUACCUAAAUGUCUUUCUUCCAUCUGGAAUUGGAAACUUGAUCGACUUGCAGACACUCACCCACUUCGACUUCUGUUGUGAAAAAGAGCAUUGCGACAUAGGAGAAUUGAACAGUUUGAUGAAACUUGGAGGGCAUAUCCUCAUUUCUAUUUCAACAUCUGUGAAUACUUUGUCAAACUCAAAACCCCCUCUGAAGACAAAAAAGUAUCUUGAUUCUUUGGAGUUACGUUGGUAUGGUUGGUAUGACGAUGCUUUUGACGGUUCCAAAAAAGAUGAAAAGAAUGCAGAGUGGCAGCUCGAGUACCUAGAACCGCACGUCAAUCUCAAGACCCUUCAAAUAUUCUUCUAUCCGGGUGUCAGUUUUGUUGGAUGGGUGGGCUCUUCAUCCUUCACUAAGUUGACCUCUUUGAGUCUAAAUAGUUGUAACAAUUGCAAUAAACUUCCACCGUUGGGUCAACUUCCUUCUCUGGAAAUGCUCGAGAUAUGUGGGAUGGAUGGCGUUCAACAAGUGGGGCGUGAAUUUUGCUCCUUGCUAAUGGCAUCUCCAUCUUCUUCCCAAAAUAAAAUUGCAUUUCCCUCUCUAAAAUACUUGCACUUUAGCACAAUGCCAAAUUGGGAAGUGUGGGAUGGAGUGGAGAUUGUGGCCCUUUAUACCUUCGGUGGAAGAAAUGACAUUGGAUGGUGGUGGUGUACCUGA